UUUGCGACGUGUGUUUACCACACCAACCCAUUAUAUUGAUUUAUUGCGUGGUUAAUGAGCGUAAACCAAGACCAUGAAGCUGAUUUUUGUGAUUGUAGUCGUUUUCUUGACCAAAACCUGCAGCAGCCAAACUCUUUGCGAAUCUCUGGAGGCUCAGGCAGUGAACGACGUAACCCCGGAAUGCAUGGACCAACUUCUAAUAAUGUGCAACAACGGCUCUUUGUGGUGGCGCAUGGUGGACGCUUCCUCCAAGUACCCCAUCUCUGGAAUGUCAUACGGCAGCAACAAAGAUCUCGGAAAUUACGACGAAUGCAUAGACAUAGACUAUGAAGAUUUCGCGGGAAAGGUGAAAGGGAAGUACUGCGGCUACAGUGUGGCGAUUGUUAAUUUAUACCUUGAACCAAUACCUAGUCCUUUUAAUCUGGACAUUAAACCGAGAUUACUGGCAAAUGUUCCACAGGUCAACUACAACAAAACUGUCCGCGACGCGACUGACGAUUACUCAAUCAGUCUUCUGUCGCUGUGUGUACCGGAUAAAUGUACCCCCAAAGAAGUUGGAAUGUUUUUCGUUUGGGGUCACCUAGCUGACAUGCAAAUAGUGAAUUUCCCCGAAGUUCUUCCUUGUAUGAUGAAAGACUCCAACACUACGUUUCGGGCAGGCGAUAUUGUAUUCACGUGUGUACUCGCGUUCUUCUUAUGUUUGAUAGUAUUAAGUACGGGCUACGACUUCCUGCUUUUGAAACUUGAAAGAAAGCCGAGCCACCCCAUUUAUUUGGCGUUUUCGUUCAUAACCAAUGGAAAUAAACUCCUACACACGAGUCAGGGUAAGAACCCUAACCAAAUCACUUGUUUGAACGGGAUGAGAUUUAUUAGUAUGAUGUGGGUUAUCGCUGGGCAUGGGUUUGUGGCCAUGGAACAAUUACCACUGAUUAACUAUUCUACUAUUGCAAACUACUUGAACCAAAUGAAAACCCAGUAUAUGCUGUCAGCACCAAUAGCAGUAGACACUUUCUUCUUUCUGUCUGGGUUUCUACUGAGUUACGGGUACUUGAAAAAUGCUGUUAAACUACCAGUACGGGGACAAUUGAAGAGUAUUCCAAUGAUGAUAGUACAUCGCUACUUGCGACUAACACCAGCUUUAGCGAUGUUAUUUUUCACCACAAUCAGCAUAUAUAGAAUGACUGGUACCGGACCCAUGUGGGCCUACAUUGCGAAUGAUUUCAGCAGACAAUGUACGGAACACUGGUGGUCAUUUUUCCUCUACAUUCAGAACUAUGUUAACUACGACGACUUUUGUUUAACCCAUGCGUGGUAUCUCUCAGCCGACAUGCAAAUGUUUAUUUUAGCACCCAUAGUACUAAUCCCGUUAGCCGAAUUGUCAAAGAACAACAAACGCAACGAAGCUCUCAUCGGACUUGGGGUUCUAAUCGUGAUCUGUGUUUUCUUUCCAAUGGGUAUCCGCUAUGCCGAUGAUACCAUCGACAACGUAUAUGACACCCAUUCGCGUUUUAACAACUACCUCAUAGGAGUUCUUCUCGGAUUUAUCAUGCGAGAUCCUCGCUUCCAGAAAUUUCCAUUCUCCAAGCUCACGAAUUUAGCCAUCUGGUGCUUUGUUUUUAACGCGUGUGUGGCGUUUAAUCUCUAUUACCACAAUAUCCUACGAAUAUAUGACCACAUUUCCGAUACUACCUUCUAUGGGUUGUACCGGCCCGUAUGGUGUCUUUCUCUAGCUUGGUUGGUGUAUUCGUGCUAUCACGGGUACGGGGGUCCCGUCAACUGGUUUCUUUCUCUACCAGCGUUCCAGAUAGGAGCUCGUUUGUCCUAUUGCAUGUACCUUGUGCACGCCGUCGUCGAAAUGUAUUUCGUGGGGUUGGUACGAACUCCGUACAACGCGGAUGACUACACUAUCUUUUAUUUGUGGUGUGGCCAUUUUAUCGUUACUAUGAUUCUGUCGACCAUUUGGACCCUGGCCUUCGAAUCUCCGAUGAUUGUAAUCGAAAAGUUUAUUUUUGGAGGGGCAGGAAGAAAACCGAAGAAGGAAGGGCAAGCACAAUAGUUUAAUUAUUUAUUUUUUUAGGACAAUAAAGUUAUUUAAUUUUGAAA